AUGUCGAGUAUACCGGCAGCACAGGGUGAGGCGCCCACUGCCCCCGCAGCCACAGCCGAUGACGAUCAAAUCUCGAUGCCUCGCCUCUCGGAUGGCGCCUCGAGCCAACAGAGCGGCAGCACAGGAAGCAAGCAAUAUGCAGCAGCGCUACUCGCCAACGGACAAGAAGCUGACGCCUCCGAAUCACGUUUCGUCACCAGCCGCACCGAGCUGUGGGCCUUCUACAUCUACUACAUCGGCAACUGA